AUGUUCAGCAACUGGGGCAUGCAGACCGGCACCCCCGCGGGCGAGCACAUUUACGCCUUCACCGUCGCCGCGGCCGGCACGAUAGUCUUUGACACGUGCGGCUCUGGUCUCGACACGGUCGUGAGCGUGUUCACGUCGGGGCUCGCGAAGAAGGUGGCUCAGGGCGACGACAGCAUCGCUUGCGGCAAGCAAGCCAUCUUGACGGCCUCGCUCGACGCCGGCGCCUACGACCUCGUCGUCGAGGGCUACUAUAAGAGCGAAGGGACGUACACGCUCACCGAGACCACUGAGUGCUACACGGACAUCGCGAGCAAGAAUCAUGUGCGCCGCUGCGUUGUCGCACCGUGGCUGGGCAUCUCCUACGAUACGCACUUCGAUACGCCUGAAGACGUCGAAACGUGCCUGGUGCAGCCCUCGUCGCCGCCCCCUGCGCUUCCGCCAGCCCUGCCACCGAGACCGCCGCUAGACCCGCUCGACUCCUUUGCCGCCGCUGUGAAGAAGGCGCUCGGCGCCGACUCCUUGCCUGCCAACGACAUCCGGCUCGUCCUCGCCCCCAUCGUCGUUGGCCCCUUCGCCUGCUGCCUCCUCGGACUCGCCUCGCUCGGCUGCCUCUACCUCUGCAUGCCUCACGGCGUGAAGCGGUCGCCGCCGCGCUCCCUCCUCAGCGACGACGGCGCAAAGGCGGCGGCUGAUUUCGCUAUGGACUUUGGCCCAGCCGCGAGCGCUCACAGCGGCGGCGGCGGUCGUGGCGCAGCUUCGCGGCGCUCGACGCGGCAAUCGUCGUCCAUCGCGCUGCGCUCGCCGGCCGGGCGGCUCUCAAACAGCAAGCCCAGGCGCUACAAUGGCUAUGAAUGCCUCUGUGUCGCUGUGCUGCAGUGCGCUGUGCGAGAACAGGCGAGCGUCGAAGCAGAGAUGCUUCGUACCACCAAUCCCUAG